GAGCGCCAAGAAAGCGUGCGGUAAGAGAAAGUAAAUAAGUGGACUAGGUGAACUUAGUGCCUUUGUGAAUAACAUUGCAAACGACACCCGAAGAAUUAAAAUGAGGAGCAUACAACAAGGAAUAGGCUCAGCUCUGCUGUUUCUGGCACUUUCUGUGACUUUUGAACUUCUAUCAUCAACGUGUGCAGCCUCAGUGAAUUUCCAAAACUACACUACUGUUCACUUGAAAGGAGUAAAGGAAGUAGAAGUACCAAAACAAGUAACAAAUAACAGGACAUCAGAGACGCCCAAAAACUGUGCUGAACUUUACGAAUCCGGUGAAAGAAUCAGUGGUGUUUACACAAUCGACCCAGAUGGUUCAGGUGCCUUCAAUGUAUAUUGUGACCAUAUGACAGCUGGUGGGGGAUGGACAGUGAUCCAGAAGAGAAUGGAUGGCUCUGUUGAUUUUAACCGCACCUGGGAUGACUACAAAUAUGGCUUCGGUUACUUUAUCGGUGAAUUUUGGCUCGGACUGGACAAAAUAAACCGCCUGACCCGAAACAAGACAAACAACAAGCUUCGAAUAGAUCUGGGAGUAAAAACUGGCACAAUUGCUCACGCUGAGUAUGGCUGGUUUGGGAUUGGGAACGAAAUGGCUAAGUACCGGCUGUACCUUGGCAAUAAGACUAAUGAGACUGUGACCUCUGAUUCCUUCGGUCUUCACAGGAAUUUCGCUUUUGGUACCUGGGAUAGAUAUCCUCAUGAUUGUGAUGAAAAGAGAGGCGGAGGCUGGUGGUAUAGCGAUAGUGAUUGUGCUAUUUGGUCAAAUCUCAACGGGAUUUACUUUGAUAAUAAAACUUCGCGCGCAAUCUACUGGGCUAAGUUGGGUGCCGCACCAGAGGAAAGCAUUCCCAAAUCAGCAGAAAUGAAAAUAAGAUCAGUCGACUUCUUUUCUUCUUUUUCACGGUAUAUUGACUGAAAACCCUUGUCUCUCUUUCGUUUCUGAAUGAUAUUGUAGACCAUUCAUAGGUCAAAAGAUACCUUUCAUUGGUCUAACUCAACUA